AUGAUUUCCACACUAAAGUCUGUUAAUAUUGAGAUCGACGUUAACCAGCCUGACAAACGCUUGGGUUUCUUCAUACAAACACAGCAGGAGGACAACAGUCACAAUGUAAUGAACAUCAUUUCAGACGGAGCUGCAGAGAGAGCAGGUCUCAGAGUCGGAGAUCGUAUAGUCAUGGUCAAUGGAGAAGAUGCAAUUAAUUUAUCCCACGCAAAACUUAUCAAAAAAAUUAAAAAAUCUAAACUCACUGUCUCUCUCCAAGUUAAUCGAGACGAGUCUUUAAGAACUCCUUUGAUAUCUACUCCUCAAUCACCGGAAGUGGAGGAGCCAAAUGUUCAAAGCGAGCAAGAAAUUGAAGAACCUAUUCCCAAUGAACCAGUCCAGGAACAAGUUCAAAACGAACCUCAAGAAGAACCAAUUCAGCAAGAAAUUCAAAAUGAGACUCAAAAUGAAAUAAUUCAAGAAGAAAUUCAAAAUACGCUACCUGAAAACACAGUACCUGAACAGCCUUUACAAGACGAGGACACAAUACAAGUCCCAGAACAAGCAGUGUCUCCAAGUUACACUGUACGAGAAUGCACAAUAAGAAUGAACGGGUCAGAAACAUAUGGAUUUAGUAUUACGUAUUCGCAAAAUUCACCAAGACAUGUGAUUUCAACCGUAAUUGAAGAUUCUCCUGCUUAUAAUGCUCGUGUUCGAAAUGAGGACAUUGUGAUCGAAGUAAAUAGAAGUAAUGUACAAGAUGAAACACACGAACAAGUUGUUGCUCGAGUUAGAAAUGGACCAUCAGAGAUAACCCUCCUUCUUGUAGAUCCUGUUUCCUGGAGUUACUAUACAGAUAACGGAAUUGAGAUUUCUAACCAAAUGCCAUCCAUUGAGUAUUUUACCAACAUUGUAGAAGGUUUGUUGAUAUACGGAUUAUUAAAGAUGUGGAAUAUCCUCGAAUAUGCAGAUUGA